AUUAAACCCUUUUGUAACAAAAAUAAGGGCUAAAAUUAAAUAUUUAAAUUAUUUUGGACUGCAUAUUUAAUUUUGUUGUACCUGCCAAUAUAAAAGGACGUUUAGAAAUAAUGAUUUAUAGUUUUUGUAUUGUUCGUAUGGAGAACUCAUAGACAGAGAAAUUAAUGGAAUGGGUCCAUAUUGUCUAAGUGUUGUGUUUGCCGCCAUAUUGGGUGUUGUCUUUUCGUUCGAAAACACCCAAAUAAUUCACACUACGGAAGGAAAGAUUGAAGGAAGUUUAUCUGAAAAUGGUAUUUAUUACGAAUAUCUCGGUGUCAGAUAUGGUGUCCCGGUUAAAUUUAAGGCACCAUUACCCCCACCCAAAUUCUCAGAUGUCUACAAAGCUGACAACCGUAACAUCCUGUGCCCCCAAUUCCCAACCCACGACCCCUUAGCGGCACCCAGCGAGAACGAAGACUGCCUUAUCCUCAACAUAUACGUCCCAUCCUUCCUCAACGCCACCUUCCCUGUCAUGGUCUUCCUCCACGGCGGAGACUUCGGGGUAGGAUCCAGCUCAUCAUCCUUCUACGGACCUGAAUACCUCCUUAGCCACGGAGUAAUAGUUAUUACAGUUAACUAUAGAUUAAAUGUCUAUGGUUUCCUAAAUUUGGGGGUAUCUGAAGCACCGGGUAACGCUGGCCUUAAGGAUAUACGAGCAGCUUUGAGGUGGAUAAAGGAUAAUAUCGCUAAUUUUAAUGGUGAUCCGGAUAAUGUGACAGUUUUUGGUCAAGGCAGCGGAGGUGUCGCAGCUAUUUACCUAACCCUAACGAAUACAACCAAGGGAUUAUUCAAUAAUAUAAUAUCUGAAAGUGGAACUCUUUUUACACCGCAUUCUUUCGAUCCAAAACCACUGUCAACAGCAAGUCAAUUAGCUAAAUCAUUAGGUUUUAAUACAAAAAAAGUGGAAAAAUUACUCGAAAUCUACAAAACAUCAGCGAUAGAUAAAGUUGAAGAAGCUAUCAGCAAACAGAUGAAUGCUAAAUCAUAUUUCCUGCCAUCGGUUGAAGAUAUUUUCGAAGACGAAGAAGCAUUUCUAACUGAUACACCAUACAAUAUUCUGUUAGCUGGUAAAAAGCAUAAAUCAUUCAACCCUGUACCAAUUAUAAUUGGCAUAAACACAGUGGAAGGUUUAACAAGUACACUAGAUUAUUACACAAUAACUAGUCAAAUGGAUAGAAUAAAAAACGAAGACUUAACAGCUUUAGAUCAGAGAUGCUUCAUCAUACCAGAUGAUGAGAAAGACGAAUUUCGUAAUACAAUCAAAGAGACUUACUUCAGUAAUACGACAUCAGAUGAAUCUUUAGUCGGUGGGAUUAUAAAUUUAAAUACAGAUUUUUCUUUUGUCGGUCCUUUGUCGCUAUUUUCAGAACUAUACACAAAUAGCACUGAUGAGCCUUUAUUUGAGUAUAUUUUCAGUUAUAUUGGCAAUAGAAAUGUUGGGAGAUUGUUAACUAAUUGUAGUUUGGAGGCUACUGCUAAUAGAGAUGAACUGUUUUAUAUCUUCGAGUUGGAAAGGAUGCCUUUACCCAUGGAUGAGAGUGACGCAAAAAUUGUCACGUUCAUGACUAUGAUGUGGACGAACUUCGCUAAGUUUGGAUCACCAACACCUGACCCCAGUAACGGCGAGUGGUUACCAUAUCCCCACCACCUGGAGAUUAACCUGGAGCCGCAGUACGUCGCCCCACUGACCCCUGACAGAGCAUACUUCUGGAGACACUGCUAUUAUAAGUAUGGCGCGGAUUUGCCUGAAGAAUUGCGUAUAUCUAGUACAUAAUGUGUUUAUAGUGUUGUA